UACAGUCUAGCCAGCGCCUCCAGUUCUGCUCCGCCACCAUUGCUGGCCACGGUUCAAAAUCAAAAUGGGCGAAGCUGACGCCACGAAGCUCGACGUGGUGCUGUUCCCGUGGCUGGCGAUCGGGCACAUGAUCCCGUACCUGGAGCUCGCCAAGCGCCUGGCGGCGAGGGGCCACGCCGUCACGUUCCUCUCCACGCCGCGGAACGUCGCCCGGCUCCCGCCCGUGCCGGCGCAGCUGGCGCCCCGCGUGCGCCUCGUGGCGCUGCCGGCCCCGGCCGUGGAGGGCCUGCCCGAGGGCGCCGAGUCCACGGCCGACGUGCCGCCGGAGAAGAACGAGCUCAUCAAGAAGGCGGUCGACGGCCUCGCCGCCCCGUUCGCGGCGUUCCUCGCGGACGCCGUGGCCGGCGGGAGGCGGCCGGACUGGAUCGUCCACGACUUCUGCCACCGCUCGCUCCCGCGGAUCGCCGGGGAGCACGGGGUGCCGUGCGCUGCGUUCCUGAUCGUGCAGGCCACCACGAUCGCGUUCCUGGGGCCGCGGUGGGCGCACGCCGCGUAUCCGCGCACGUCGCGCGAGGACUUCACCGUGGCGCCCAAGUGGUGCCCGUCGUUCCCUCACGCCGUCGCCUACCGCCGCCACGAGGCCGACUGGGCCGUCCGCGCGUUCCAGCCCAACGUGUCCGGGGUGUCCGACAUGGACCGCAUGUGGGAGAUCAUCGAGCGCACCCGAUUCACCAUCUACCGCAGCAGCGACGAGAUGGAGCCCGGGGUAUUCACGCUGCUCACCGAUCUCUUCCGCAAGCCGGCCAUCCCGGCCGGGGUCCUAAUACAGCAGCCCGACCUCGCCGACGGCGCCGGCAAGAGCUCCCGCUCCGGUGUCCGUUCCGAGGUCCUGCAAUGGCUGGACAGCCAGCCACCGAAGUCCGUCAUCUACGUCGCACUCGGGAGCGAGGCGCCACUGACGGCCAGCAACUUGCACGAGCUCGCGCUGGGGCUGGAACUCGCCGGCGUCCGCUUUCUAUGGGCAUUCCGGAAGCCGAGCGGCAUGUCCGCCGCCCCCGGCACCGGCGUGGGCGAGCUGUUGCCUGCCGGGUUCGAGCACCGGACACGCGGGCACGGCCUCGUGUGGUCGGGGUGGGUGCCGCAGGUCGCCGUGCUCGCGCACGGCGCGGUGGGCGCGUUCCUGACGCACUGUGGGUGGGGCUCCACCAUCGAAGGCCUCGUGUCUGGGCACCCGCUGGUGAUGCUGCCGUUCGUCGUGGACCAGGGCCUCAUCGCGCGCGCGAUGGCGGAGCGGGGCAUCGGCGUGGAGGUGGCGAGGGACGAGAGCGACGGCUCCUUCGGCAGGGAUGGCGUCGCGGCGGCGGUGCGGCGCGUCAUGGUGGAGGAAGAAGGGAAGGUGUUUGGAAGCAAUGCCGAGAAGCUGAAGGAAGUUCUCGGCGAUCGGCGACGGCAGGAUCAGUACAUGGACGAGCUUGAAGGGUACCUCACACGCUACAAGCCUACAAGGACAACAACAGUUCCUAAUGGUGCCGGUCCAAGGUAAUUUGGCGAGAAACAUUAUUUCUCUCCGUUACAGGCUGUCUCCAACGGUACCCUCUAAACCGUUAUGUACCUUAUAUAUAUAGAGAAGAUUCCGUUCUCUAUUGCUCCAGCAGCGUUUUCUAAAUGGUUCUCUAAAAUAGAGAACGCUACAGGUUUCCUCUAUAUAUAGAGAUUCGCUCU